AUGGGUAAUAAAACAAACAACAGACAGCUCAAUUCCUAUGACUUUUCUAGAACACACGUUCAAAUGGGCGGUAUUCAUAAGAAAGUCCAUGAAGCAAAAGCUUCACGUGUGGGAAGAAAGGCAAAAGAAAUACUUAAAAGGAAUUUGGGCUUUUUUUUAAAAAAGGGCAUUAGCACCCAACAGCUAUUGAACUACUAUGCAACUAACAAGUACAAUUCACUUUCCAACAUCAAUAGUCAGAACACCAAGCUUCCUUCCAAUGAACAAGAAGAUCAACAGAGCCAUCAAGCACUUAUUCAUGCUUUGGCACAAAAAUAUGCCUUACAUGCUUCUCCUUCCUGGCAAUAUGUUGCUUCAACUAUUGGAGAGCCUAAGCUUCCACCCGUAGAUGCUUUGCCCCGUACCUGGAAAGAAAGCCUGAAGCCAGAACAUCAACAUCUGUAUGGAUUUACUCUGAAGCAAGCUAAAUAUCAAGAACUGAUUUAUGAAAUUAUUUUGACUGAACAGUCUUAUGUAGAUGAUUUAAUUUUGGUGUACAAAAUAUUCAUUAAAGAAGCACUUUGCUGGGAUGGUUUGUCUUCAUCCGUAAGACAUUUAUUUGAAAAUAUUUUUCAAAUCAUACGAUUACAUUUGCAAUUACUCAAGAUUACUCGGUUUGGAGUUUAUGCUUCUUAUUUCUCAAAUUUUGAAAAGGCAAACAACACAAUAGCAGACAGUUUGAAAUCAUUAGAUGAAUUUGGAUUUUUUGUUGCACGCCGAUCGUUAUGGGCCGAAUGUCGAAAUCUUCCACUUUCUGCUUACUUGCUAAAGCCUAUUCAAAGAGUUAUGAAAUAUCCUUUAUUCUUCAAGUCAUUGCUAGAAUGUCUGCCAACAAACGAUGGCGAUAUGCACAAUAUUCAAUGCUUCUUAUCAGAGAUGGAUAUUAUACUGCGUUACUUUGAAAAACAAAAGAAAGAAUCUGAAGACUUUAUUAAACUAGAAGAUCUAGCGGGAAGAAUAACAGGACUGGAAGGAUCUACCAUUCGUUUAGCAGAGCAUGGCAGAAAAUUAAUUUAUGAAGGAUACUUAACAAUAGUUCCCAAUACACAGCAACAAAUGACAACACGGUUCGACGAUUCUGACAUAUCAUUAUCGAGUUCCAUUCAUCCUCCAACACUCAGCAGACGAAACAGUACGUUCUCUUUAGCAUCUAAAAAACAAAAAAGAGCCUAUGUAUUUUUGUUUAAUGAUUUGAUUGUCUGUACAAGGGAAAGAACCAAAAGAAAGACAAGUCAAACAGAGAACAGAAUGAUGGCACCUCCUCCUAAAAAAGAUUCGUUUUAUGGUCCUUCUCCAGAUACACUUUUCAAAAUUACUCAUACACCAGGCAAACUGACAUUAGUCGACAAAAAUGUGGUCCGAGAAGCAUGUCCAAACAGUGAGAAACUAUCAAGGCGAGGUUCAGCAUUGUUCCAAUCUUUGCGUAGAUAUGGUUCUCGCUCUAAUGAAGACAGCGAUUUUCCUGCAUCGUCUUAUAGUGCUCCAUUUUACAAAGACGCACAGCAAAUGCAGGUCCAACAAGUGACAUACGAGAAACAUCCUCUUCAAUUUAUCUGCUCUGUUGCAACUCGAAAUUUGACAAAUAUUCAUUUUGAAGCAGAAACUCCAGAAGAGAAAGAGAUAUGGUGCCAUUAUCUUGAGAGUGUUUUGGAAGAACACGUUCAGAGAAAUACCCAACAACAGCAACAGAAAGAGGAACCUUUCUCAGUUGAAUACAGUCAAACCAGCUCGCAAAGAGCAUCGCUAAGUCCUACAAAUUCACAUUACUCAUUUGAGAGUGUCUCUUCCAUUGAUUCCAUGGUCUUUUCGGCUGCUUGGACAGGCUAUUGCGAUGUUGAAAAAAUGGAAUUGGAUGAUGAUCUUGAUCCUCAGAAAUUAGAUACUACCAUAGAUAAAAAUCAAGCACUUAUAGAUACGCUCUUGUGUGAAUUUGACGAUAGUGUUUGGUCUAUUGGUACUCCCGCAGGAUUGUCGCCUCAUCAGUUACGAAAAACUUUUUCUGACAUAGGCUCUAGCUUUCAAUAA